CACUGAAAUAGUGAAAUUUCCCGGAAAAUGGGGGAAGGGGAACUUGAAACUUGCAGGGUCCCUCGAUCAAUCUCGAUCUCAAGUUCAGACUCUCCAGUGAGUGAGUUUGAGUUUAAUCAAGUUUAUCACCUCAGUCUCAAGGUAAAUCUGAACUACAACUAGUAAAGUAAAUCUGAACCUUGUUUCAACAAUUCAUUAAUAAGAGAAGGGGUUUCCUAUGGCUAUUGCAUCAUUUUUCUAAUGCAAGUCCCCAAAUCCCCUUCCAAAGAUAAACGAUUCGCUAACCAUAAAUGGCUCCUAAAAUUCGGUUUACUCAUUUUGGUUAUGCUGCUUUUGUUAUUGCCUUUUUAUCUCGAGUCAGAUAACGCUAAUACUCGUAAUCCACUCAUUGCGUCGUCGUAUUACACUGUGGUUAUAGAUUGUGGAAGCACUGGCACACGGGUGAAUGUGUACGAGUGGAAAGUAGGGGUAGAGGGUGUAGGUAAAGGGAACUUGCCAAUUUUACUGCAUUCUUAUCCUGAUAACACAACCAAGACUUCCCUUUGGAAAACUUCUUGUCAAUAUCACUGUAUGCAAACCGAUCCCGGGUUAGACAACUUUGUUAAUGAUUCUUUAGGAGUUAGAGAGGCUUUGGAGCCUUUGGUUGUGUGGGCAGAACAUCUUGUGCCGCGUGAAAUGCACGGUGACACUCCUGUUUUUGUUCUGGCUACUGCUGGCCUGAGGAGGCUCCCCCGGGACGAUGCCGAUCGAGUCCUGGGAGAUGUUGAGGCUGUUGUGAAAGAUCACUCCUUUAUGUUUAGCAAGAGCUGGAUAAGGGUUUUGAGUGGGAGGGAGGAAGCUUAUUAUGGUUGGGUGGCUUUGAAUUACAAAAUGGGCAGCUUUGAUAACUAUUCUGUGUCUCCCACUUUGGGAAUUAUUGAUUUGGGUGGCUCUUCGCUGCAAAUUGUGGCAGAGAUCGAUGAUGGUGCCGCCAGGAAUGAUGUGCACGUGAUGAGAUCGAAGCUCAACUCAAUAGAGUCUCGGAUUGUGGCAUACUCGUUGCCGGCAUUUGGCUUAAAUGAAGCAUUUGAUAGGACAGUUCUUAUGCUCAGAAACAAUCAAAGCGUGGAAAGAACCAGAAGUGUCUUUGAGGUUAGACAUCCUUGUCUGGUGUCAACUUUUGUACAAAACUAUACAUGCCAUUCUUGCUCUAUAUUUGAUUCCACUUAUCAGAAAAAUCAUAGUCAACCCCAAAGUAGUGAACCUUAUUCUUUACAUCUUAUUGGAGAACCUGAUUGGGAGCAAUGCAAAGAACUAGCUAUUGCUGCUGCUAUGAACUUGAGCAAUUCCGAAGUGUCACAUCCAACAGUUAGCAAAAAUUGCCAAGGCACUGGUAUACUUAAUUUAACAGCUGUUGCACAGCCAAUCAAGCGCUUUCAUGCUUUAUCUGGUUUCUAUUUUGUCCACAAUAAGCUAAAUUUAAGUCCAAGGGCGAACUUAACAAUAGUUUGGGAGUCAGGCAGGCAAAUAUGUUCAAGUUUAUGGUCUGGGUGGAGCAGUUUUUCUGACAAUCCAAAUUAUGCCGGACAAUUUUGUUUCCGAGUGGCUUACAUGGCAUCAUUGAUUGAAUAUGGUCUGUGUCUUGGCAAUGUAGAAAUGGUAUUUGGUCCAGGUGACGUUUCAUGGACAUUAGGAGCUGCAUUGAUUGAAGGGAAAUUUCUAUGGUUAAAUAGUACAACUACAAGCCGCAAAGCCCAGACUAUUAUUUUAACUUUGAAGAAUGUCAAGGAUAGAGUUGAAAGAAGCAGUUGCAGAAUGGCGCUGGUACGUUCUCUCUAUCCUACCAUCGCUCUUCCUCUUUCAACCCUUUCCGUUACGACCAAUUUCUCUGUUCGAUGCUCCAAUCUUCACCCGCAACCGCAAAUGGACUCACGCAAGUUAGUCCUUGCAGUGAAGGACAAGCUUGAAAAAGAUCACCAUAGCCUCCCUGUUGGUAGAAAUGGAAGGGAUGACGAAGAUAUGAUACUGUGGUUUCUCAAAGAUCGCAAGUUCUCUGUUGAAGAAGCUGUUUCCAAGCUGACUAAAGCCAUCAAAUGGCGUCAAGAUUUUGAGGUGUCUAAAUUGACUGAAGAAGUCGUUAACGAGGUUGCUCAAACUGGAAAAGCUUAUGUACAUGACUUCCUAGACAUCAAUGACAGACCUGUGCUUGUGGUGGUCGCAUCAAAGCAUUUUCCUGAAGCACACGACCCUGCAGCCGAUGAGAGGCUGUGUGUUUUCCUAAUUGAGAAGGCAUUAAGUAAGCUUCCAACUGGGAAAGAACAGAUACUUGGAAUAGUUGAUCUCAAAGGUUUUGGUACAGAAAAUGCUGAUCUUAAAUUCUUGACAUUCUUGUUUGAUGUAUUCUAUUAUUACUAUCCAAAGCGAUUGGGUCAAGUAUUAUUUGUGGAUGCACCUUUUGUGUUUAAGCCAAUUUGGCAGCUAGUCAAACCCUUGUUAAAAUCAUAUGCUUCUCUGGUGAGAUUUUGCUCUGCGGAGGAUGUUAGGAAGGAAUAUUUUACAGACAAAACUUUGCCUCCAAGAUUCAGAGAUUGAAAGGGCUUUUUGAUAAAGAAUUAUUUUUUGACAAUAUAAAAAUUGC